GCGGCACGGAGGGCGGAGCUGCGGCCCGAGGACGCGACGCGAACCCAGUUCCGGCGAGGAGGCCGCGCUAGUGACAGCGAUGGCGGCGGAGUCGGCGCUUCAAGUUGUGGAGAAGCUGCAGGCGCGCCUGGCCGCGAACCCCGACCCCAAGAAGCUUUUGAAAUAUUUGAAGAAACUCUCCAUCUUGCCUAUUACUGUAGACAUUCUUGCGGAGACUGGGGUUGGAAAAACAGUGAACAGCUUGCGAAAACAUGAGCACGUUGGAAACUUUGCCAGGGACUUGGUUGCCCAGUGGAAGAAGUUGGUUCCUGUUGAACGGAGCACUGAGCCUGAUGAACAGGACUUUGAGAAGAGUAAUUCCCAAAAGUGCCCCAGGGAUGCUCUUCAGAAGGAGGAAGAGAUGGAGGGUGACUACCAAGACAACUGGAAAGCCUCUGGCAGCCGAUCCUACAGCCCUGAUCACAGACAGAAAAAACACAGAAAACUCUCAGAGCUUGAGAGACCCCACAGAGCCUCUCACACUCAUGAGAGGAGAGACGAGAGAAAGAGGUGCCACAGGGUCUCGCCAGCUUACUCUUCAGACCACGAGUCUUCUGACUAUGGCCACGUUCAGUCCCCUCCGUCCUCUGCCAGUCCCCAUCAGAUGUACGUGGACCAUCCCAGGUCCCCUGAGGAGGACCAGGAGCCCUCUGUUGGACACCAGAAACCUGGAAAAGGCCACAGUAAUGCCUUUCAGGAGAGACUGGGGGCCAGUCAGGAGCAACCCAUCAGUGAACCCCAGAGUAAAGGGGUUGUGAGCCAAAACAGAGAGCACAGAUCCUCCCACAAGGAAAAGCGCCUGGUGGAUGCCAAGGGAGAUGAGAAGUCCUCUGCUUCGAGCAGAGAGAAAUCACACAAGGUCGUCUCCAAAGAGGAAAACCGGAGGCCACUCUUAGGGGAGAGCACAAAGGAGAAACCACCCUCUAGUGCUGUCAAGAAAGAGAAGGAAAGGGAGAGCAGCAGCAGCAAGAGGAAGUUUCUGCCUCCCUUGGAGGUUGCUUCAGACAACCACGUUAAAAAGCCAAAGCACAAAGACUCAGAGAAAACCAAAUUGGACAAAAACAAGCAAAGUCUAGACAGCUUAGACCUCGGAAAGGGGGCAGGAGACCUGUUACCCAAGGUGAAAGAGAAGGUUUCCAACAACCUAAAGACUCAAGAGGGGAAACUGAAAACUUCUAAUCUGGAUAGAAAGUCAGUGGGCUCCCUCCCUAAAGCUGAGGAGGCAGAUAUGGAUGAUGAAUUUGAGCAGCCCACCAUGUCUUUUGAGUCAUACCUCAGCUAUGACCAGCCCCGGAAGAAAAAGAAAAAGAUUGUGAAAACCUCAGCAACUGCACUUGGAGAAAAAGGAUCUAAAAAAACUGAUUCUAAAAGCACGAGUAAAAACUUGGACAUAGUUCAGAAAUUACCUAAGGUGAAUGAAAGCAAAUCAGAGAAAUUACAGCCAUCAGGAGCCAAUUCAGCCAAGCUGAAAAAGGCCCCCACCAAUUCAUUGCCAGUGUUGCCGGACCUCCCACUGCCCAUGAUACAGGCCAAUUACCGUCCGCUUCCUUCCCUUGAAUCGAUAGCUUCCUUCCAACCAAAGCGAAAAGCACUCUCUUCACCCCAGGAAGAGGAGGAAGCUGGGUUUACUGGGCGCAGAAUGAAUUCAAAGAUGCAGGUGUAUUCUGGUUCCAAGUGUGCCUAUCUCCCCAGAAUGAUGACCUUGCACCAGCAGUGCAUCCGCGUACUUAAAAACAAUAUCGACUCAAUCUUUGAAGUGGGAGGAGUCCCGUAUUCUGUUCUUGAACCUGUUCUGGAGAGGUGUACGCCUGAUCAGCUGUAUCGCAUUGAGGAAUACAAUCACGUAUUAAUUGAAGAAACAGAUCAGUUAUGGAAAAUUCAUUGUCACCGAGACUUUAAGGAGGAGAGGCCAGAAGAAUACGAGUCUUGGCGGGAGAUGUACCUGCGGCUUCAGGAAGCCCGAGAACAGCGGCUGCGGGUACUGACAAAGAAUAUCCGACAUGCACAUGCCAAUAAGCCCAAAGGCCGACGAGCAAAGAUGGCUUUUGUCAACUCUGUAGCCAAGCCACCUCGUGAUGUUCGAAGAAGGCAAGAGAAGUUUGGAACAGGAGGAGCAGCUGUCUCUGAAAAAGUCAGGGUCAAGCCAGCCCUGUACCCCACAGGAAGCAGCCAUGCUCCCUCUAGCAGUGGCAGCAGCAACAGCUUUAACCCCAGCACUGAGGAGCUGGCCUAUGACGGUCCAAGCACCAGCAGUGCCCACUUGGCACCAGUGGUCAGCAGCACUGUUUCCUACGAUCCUAGGAAACCAACUGUGAAGAAAAUUGCCCCAAUGAUGGCCAAGACAAUUAAAGCUUUCAAGAACAGAUUCUCCCGACGAUAAACUGAGGACUUGCCUUGGAGCUGGAAUUGGGUGAUGGGGGGUGGAACUUCAAAGGAGACCCGAAUCUUUUGCUUUCUGGAACUUUUUGGUCUCCGAAUUCUGCAUGGUUUCCAGGUUUUACACUUGUGAACCUGUGUGCACAGCCACUGCCUCCCUGCCUGGAGAACACUUCGGAAUUCUGAAGAAGAUGUGAAGUCUCAGUCUCACUGAGGAUUUUAAGGUCAAUGAUACUUUUGUUGUUAACUAGCCUCUUUGUAAACUAUAAGACAUAGUUUUAAUUAAUAAAUACUGUCCCCAGAUUGUAUUUAUAUUACCCCCAGUAUUUUUUUUUUUUUUUUUUUUGUCCUCUACUCCACACUUAGCCUUUUGUUUUCAGAGUCCCUUAUUAAACUUAGGACAAAAGCUUAUAAAGCCAUUCCCCUGUCCCAUUUCGGCUCUCUUGAGUGGACUUUGAUCCAGAGGGAGGAUUGGCAUCCCUAGUGCCUGUGUGGUGCCUGCUGCACAUUGGGCAAGGAUUUGAGUCCAGGGCUACCUGUCCUGAAGGGGAUCCUUGAUUUGGAGGCAGGAUGUAUUCAAGUCAAUCUCCUCAUCUCCAAGACCCUUCUCAGUGUUGCUUUAAGUUCUAUGCAGGUGCAUCUCUUUCUUACUCAUCAAAAUAGUAUUUAUUGAGAUUCCUUGUAGAGGUCUAAAGUCUUUCCACCAUACUUUUUGCCAAUUUCCACUUUUUUUCUCUUGUUUUUGAGGUUUAGUGGAGGACAGAACCUGUGGGAGAUUGAUUUGCACAGAACCCAGCAUUUUACAAUUUCCAGUUGCCACCUCAAUAUUUGAGUUGUUUUUUUCCUCCCUUAUUGUUCCUUCUCCCCAAUAAUAUGGGGAAAAAUAAGACACAUGGCAGAGCUUCUCGUCGCCCCCAAUAAGCCAGCACUUUAACCUCUUGUUCCCUGUGAAUUGCAACCAGAAGCAAAUGGUUUUAGAAAUUGUAAUGCUGUGUUGGAAGCUGGUUUUGUUUUUGCCUUUUUUAAAAAAAGUAAGAUCAUGUGAAUGGAAGAGCAUAACAGUUUGCUAUAUUUUGUAGAGAACUUUGCAGCUGAAGCACUCUCUUUUGAGUGUUUAAGCCAGAAUUUGGAGAGAAGGGCCAACUUGGGGAAAGUGUCUGAGCUGUAGUGUCAGGAUGGGUGAAAACUGUAUCAAGUUUGGGAAGGCAGGACCUCACUUCCAAUGGCCUUAGGAGCAAGAACAGAAACGGGAAGGCUGUUGAACACUUAUAGGAAUCCACUGAUUGUGACCAGGAAGAAGUAAAUGCUAUGAAUUUGAGAUGCUCAUCGUUUAGAUAUCUGAGAAGCAGACUGAGGGGAUGGUGAGUGUGAUGGUCCCCGGAGCUUGGCAGUCAGUCCCUUGGACAAGGUCUCUCAGCCCUGAGGCCCACUGUUUUUAAACAUCCUGGAGGCUUCAGGCUAAUUUGAAGAUUCCAGAGCAACGCAGGGAAUCUAUACAGCGUGUUUCCUGAGGGUGCAACAGCUGUGCAUUGUUCAGCCGGCCACUGGGCAAGGUGCCUGUUGCAAUGGGACUCACAUUGCCGUGUUUUCAUUUGCUGUACUUCUGAAUUGGGUAAAGCAUUAUUUCUCUUGAUUGUUUAUAUUACCAUCCCACCUCUUUCCCCUAGUCUGCUCCCCAAAUAUGAUGUUAGGAAGCCUCUCACCUGAAACCAAAUGUAAAUUUGGGUAAGGUGCCAGACAUCUGUUGCCUAGAAUAGCUUCCUCUAGGUGUCUGCCACCUGAAUUUGUCUCUUAGCUACGUGUGUUCAAGCUUUUGUCAGUUUUUCAUAUUUCAGAUUCAGUUGUGUGUGAUAUAAUUUUCUUUAUUAGGAGUCUUUAGGCAGGGAGGGAAGAAAGGACACACAUGUCAAAUUUGUUAAUCCAACAUCAAUAUCCAUUUUUGGCACAAAGAUUUUUUAUCACCCCUGUUUGCAUAGAGCCAUAUCUUUUCUCAUUCAACUCUUCAUCCUCCGUCAAGAUUGUCUGCAUCAGGGAUGUGACUUGGUGAGAAGCGUAAAGAUGGAAGAGGAAAAACCUAAUUUUGAAACAAGCUUCUCACCUGGGCUAUGGAAAUGGCUGCAGAGCAGACACAGGAACCUUUGGACUCAUUUGUGAAAACUUGUGCAAUUUUUUUUUCCUCUGCUACACUACACACAAAUCACCAAAUUACAAAUUAACCCUUUGUGAUCCUUGGUGUAAUGAACAGUUUCUUUGGGGCUUUCUCUUUCUUUCAGGGAAGUGGGAGGGAAAGGAGCAAGGUGUAAUCCUGCUCUUCAUUUGUAUUUUGGUCCCAAAAUGUAAAUACAAUUUUCUAUGUUACUUUUUUGUGGUAACUACCCAGAUGAAUAUUUUAAUUAGAUAAGUUAUACGAAAAGGAAGGAAAAUUCCAUGUCUAAAUAAAACAAAAAACCCA